UUAAGGAGAAAAAAUUUAAGACAACCCAAACACAAACACCAACACCAACCUUUGAAUUCAUCAAACAAUUUAACCUUGGAAUUUGAACAUUAUAUAGAUUCACAUACCUUUAUUGAUUUUCUUCUUAUUCAAAACUAACCUCGUUGAUUCUAAAUUGAAAUUCAAAGUCUGCUCCUUAUUUUUCUCAUUCUCCACGUCUUUCACACGUCUUUGAAGGCACUUCAUCAGUAAAAAGCCUAUAUAUAUAAGCAAACCAUUGCCACUGACAUAAACCAUUCUUAAUUCCUUUCUUUCAUCUCAUCUCAUAAACUUCAAUUCAAAGUAUUCAUACGACAAUCAAACAAACAAGAUUUGUAGGGUAAUAUAUUUAUGGGGGUGUCUGUGACUGAUUUAUCAAAUGGGUCCGAUAAAAUGACUACUUCAAGCAGGUUAAGUGAUUGCAGACCUCAACAAAUGAUUCUGGAAAGAAACCACUCAUUUGUUGAAACCAAACAAGAAAAAAUGGAUUCAGCCAAAGGUAAAAAACCACUUCCGGUGAUUUCUCUGCCGGAAGCGGUGGUUUUCUGUUCUCCGAGGCCGGUUGCGGAGCUUGAUACUGCGGCAACUAAGCUUCAAAAGGUUUAUAAGAGUUAUCGGACGAGAAGAAACCUUGCGGAUUGCGCGGUUAUAGUUGAAGAAUUGUGGUGGAAGGCUUUGGAUUUUGCUGCUCUUAGAAGAAGUUCUGUUUCGUUUUUCGAUGUUCAGAAACCUGAGACCGCUACUUCGCGUUGGGCUCGUGCGAGAACAAGGGCAGCUAAGGUUGGAAAAGGUUUAUCUAAGGAUGAAAAGGCGCAAAAGUUAGCAUUGCAACAUUGGCUUGAAGCUAUUGAUCCGCGUCAUCGAUAUGGACACAAUCUUCACAUGUAUUAUGAUAUAUGGUUUAAAAGCCAAAGUACACAACCAUUUUUCUACUGGUUGGAUGUUGGAGAUGGUAAAGAAAUAAAUCUUGAGAAAUGUCCAAGAAACAGUACUCUACAACGCCAAUGCAUUAAGUAUCUUGGACCAAAAGAAAGAGAAGAAUAUGAAGUAAUUGUUGAAAAGGGAAUGUUAGUGUAUAGACAAGAUGGGAGACUUGUGAAUACUGAUGAGAAAUCAAAAUGGAUAUUUGUUCUAAGCACUACAAGAUCAUUGUAUGUUGGAAAAAAGCAAAAGGGUAAAUUUCAACAUUCGAGUUUUCUUGCCGGUGGUGCAACCACAGCGGCCGGUCGAUUAGUAGCACGUCAAGGUGUUCUCGAGGCUAUUUGGCCAUAUAGUGGACACUACCAUCCAACAGAAGAGAACUUCAAAGAAUUCAUAAGUUUUCUUGGAGAGCACAAAGUAGACCUAACAAAUGUAAAGAGAUGUGCAAUAGAUGAUGAUACACAUUCAAUUAUUGGAACAGAUUCAUUCAAUGACAUGAAUGAACCACAACAAACAAAGGUUCCUACAACACCAAAAAUCAAUGUUAGUGACAACAACAAUGUGACAUCAAUUCAUAAAAUAGAUGUUGUUGCAGCAUUCAAUGCAACAAGGAGGUUGUCAUGCAAGUGGUCAACAGGGGCUGGUCCACGUAUUGGUUGUGUUCGUGACUAUCCAGAACACUUGCAAUCAAAGGCAUUGGAACAAGUUAAUUUGUCACCAAGGCCUAGUUCUAUAAGACUCAACAAAUAUGGCCCAAUUCCUUCUCCAAGACCUAGCCCAAAAGUUAGGAUGUCGCCUAGGUUUGUGUAUAUGGGAUUGCCUAGUCCAAGAACCCCAAUUUCAAGUACAAGUUAGAUAGUUGUUCAAUCCUUCCCUUAAGAAUGUGACAUAUUAUGCUUCUGAUAAUAUGUUUUAUCUCAAAAUACACUGGUAAUGUAUUUUGACGGAUUUAAAUAUAUUAGGAGGCGGACCAGAAAUUUUACUGCAAGUUAAAGGAAGUUUUAGAAGAAUUCAUGGGUCAUUCUUCAAGAUCGAAAAUGGAUCGACUUUGGACCCCGAUCACAACAAAUGACACUUCACGCCGACAACUAGUAAAUCAUAUUAGUGGAGGACUAAGUGACUUUUUUGUUGCCGUAGAAUCAAAACACUAAUUAGAUUUCUUUUAUCUUUUUAUUAAUUUAAAAUUUGUUUAUUAUUUAUU